CUCAAUUUGAAACCAUUGUUUAUAUCUCAAUUGUAAAGUUUAUUCUUGACUUUGUCUUUUUUUUAUGAUAAAAGUGAAUUUAUUUUAAAACGUAAUUUUGACUCGCUUUCGAGAUGAACGCAAAUGUUGGUUUUAUAGAAAAAUUGCGAUGGCGUUUAAAAACAUUUGAGUAUAAAGUCUCACAAUAUCGCCAUACAACUAACGAAACAGAAGUUGCUGACACCGAAUAUGGAAAAAUCAGGGGUAUUAAGCGUACAACAAUCUACGAUGAACCCUACUACUGCUUUGAGGGCAUACCGUAUGCACAACCACCAUUGGGUGAGCUCAGAUUCAAAGCACCACAACGUCCAACACCUUGGACUGAUAUUAAAGAUUGCACAAACACCAAAAACAAACCAGUUCAAAUUAACUUUGUAUACAACAAAAUUGAGGGUUCGGAAGAUUGUUUAUAUCUCAAUGUUUAUACCAACAAUUUAAGUCCUGAAAAACCACGCCCUGUGAUGGUUUGGAUACAUGGUGGUGGUUUUCAAAUGGGUGAAGCACAUCGUGAUUAUUAUGGACCAGAUUACUUUAUGAAAAAAGACGUUGUUUUAAUAACUAUACAAUACCGUUUAGGAGUUUUUGGUUUCCUUAGUCUGAGUGCUAUCAAUUUAAACGUCCCAGGUAAUGCUGGUUUGAAGGAUCAAGUAUUAGCGCUUAAAUGGGUAAAAAAUAAUUGUGCUCGCUUUGGUGGUGAUCCAGAUUGUAUAACAGUUUUUGGACAAAGUGCCGGUGGUGCCUCUACACAUUUUAUGGCAAUUACUGAGCAAGCACAAGGCUUAUUCCAUCGCGCAAUUUUAAUGUCUGGUAAUGCCACUUGUUGUUGGGCUGUAGAUGAUCGUAGAAGACAUGCCUACACACUUGCAAAACUGGCAGGAUAUACUGGUGAAAAUAAUGAAAAAGAUAUUUUGCAAUUUUUGUUAAAUGCCAAAGCCAAGGAUUUAAAAAGACUUGAAGAAAAGGUGCUCUCUUCUGAAGAUCGACAACAUAGAGUGAUGUUUGCUUUUGCACCCACAAUAGAGCCAUACAGAAGCGCUGAUUGCGUUAUACCUAAUGAUCCUAAAGAUAUGAUAAAAACAGCUUGGGGGAACUCAAUACCAAUUAUGCUAGGCUGUACUUCACAGGAAGGUCUAUUGUGGUUGCCAGAAACCAAAGCCUUUCCAAAUGUUAUUAAGGAUUUAGAGACUUGUGUUGAUUUUGUGCCACGAGAGUUAGCUGAUCCAGAACGCAGCAGUGAUGACACCAAAGAAAAGGGUCUCAUUCUUAAAAAAGCACAUGUGACUGCGGAAUCGCCAACUGCCGAGAACUAUUUUGAUGUUUGUGCACAUAAAUAUUUCUGGUUCCCAUUGCAUCGUAUAGUGCAGUCAUAUUUCGCACAUGCCGCUGCAACACCGGUGUUUCUUUAUCGGUUUGAUUUUGAUGCUGAUGAGAUUAUAAACCCCUAUCGUAUAAUGCGUGAUGGUCGUGGUGUUAAGGGUGUUUCCCACGCAGAUGAGUUAACUUAUCUCUUUUUCAAUAUGCUUCACCAUCGCUUGCCCAAAGACAGUUCAUCCUAUCGCACUAUCGAACAAACUGUUGGUAUUUGGACACAAUUUGCUGCCACCGGUAAUCCUAAUAAUAAAGAUAUACCCGGAAUGGAAGCAGUGACUUGGGAACCUUUAAAGAUCGGUGAGGAGGUUUACAAAUGUCUUAAUAUAAGUGAUGAAUUGAAGAUGAUUGAUUUGCCCGAAAUGGAGAAAAUGAAAAUUUGGGAAAGCCUUUAUGAUAAGCAAAAGGAAUUAUUCUAUUAAUUAAUUCUUUAUCAUUUAUGUAAAUUUAUUAUUACAAAAACCGAAUUUAUUACAAUUUGACUGUUAAUCGCUUACUUUAAUUGCUGCGCAUAUAUUUCUACUUAUUUAUAUCAAAUACAUAUUUUAAU